CAACGCGGCUUAGACACACUACACACAACGGGAUCUUCACUUGACAACUUGUUCAUUGCGGUAGUAGUCAUAAAAGGCGCAAGAGAAAUUAUUCUUCAUUAUUUCUCUUGGUCUGAUAACAAUAACAUAUAAAGAUGUUCAAGAACACAUUCCAAAGUGGAUUCUUAUCCAUCCUCUACAGCAUCGGAAGUAAACCAUUACAAAUAUGGGACAAAAAGGUUAGAAAUGGUCACAUCAAACGUAUAACCGACAACGAUAUCCAAUCCUUAGUAUUAGAAAUAGUUGGUACAAAUGUCAGCACAACAUUUAUACAGUGUCCAGCGGACCCAAAGAAAACUCUUGGAAUAAAACUGCCUUUCUUGGUUAUGAUUAUUAAAAAUCUGAAAAAAUAUUUUACUUUUGAAGUACAGGUACUAGAUGACAAAAAUGUAAGGAGGAGAUUUCGUGCCAGCAAUUAUCAAAGCACAACUCGAGUAAAGCCUUUCAUUUGUACUAUGCCAAUGAGAUUGGAUGAUGGUUGGAAUCAAAUCCAGUUCAAUUUAUCAGAUUUCACACGAAGAGCCUAUGGAACAAAUUAUAUUGAAACACUUAGAGUUCAGAUUCACGCCAAUUGCCGAAUUCGACGUGUCUAUUUCUCGGAUAGAUUAUACUCUGAAGAUGAAUUACCUGCAGAAUUUAAAUUAUAUUUACCUGUUCAAAACAAAGCAAAAGUUUAACAUGUUCCAGUCAAAGUGGAUAGAAAAACUCUGAAACCACUAAUAUAAAUCAGGACUUGUAAUAUAUUUAUAAACAAUGAACUUUAAUGAUUGAAUGGAAGGUUAUGUUCUGAAGUAGUACUCAAAUCAAGGAUUAUUUUAAUAAUGUGCAGAAAAUGCGGUUGUCCUAUGGAAUUGAAUAUCUGGUAUUGACUUUAAAAUGAUUGUUUUUAAAUGUGUCGAUUCAGAGAAACAUUGACAAAGUCAAUAGCUGGUGCAUAGUGAUAAGAUCUGGUUUUUAUUUCUUCUCGAAUAUUGUAAUUGGAUAUUAUUUCCAUCAUCAUCCACAAUCUAUAUAGAUAAUCAAACAUGGCUACUCAGAUAAGUUGUUGGGAUAAGUUAUUAAGUUGCAAUAUUCUUGCACCUCAUUCUUUUUUCUUUUUUGUAGAAUUUCAUAUCUUCUCCCAACAAUUAUUCUGUUUCAUGAUGUACAUUAACAUACCACAUUCAGUCUAGAAAUAUUGUUGUUAUAUUGCAUUUUAUCAAAAUGUAAAAAUUAUGUAAAUACCAAUUCCAUAGAAUAAAUGAUGUAUUAUUUAUACUUUUA